CGAAGCGAACGGAUGUGGAAAGCCAAAAGUAAUGGAUUUCCGGCCCAGUUGUGCAAUAGCUGCUCGUGUAAAUUUAUUCCAAGUGUUGGAGGAAUACUCCUACACAUCUUAGUUUCUUUUUUCUUCCGAAAUUUCACCCUGGAUGUAGGUGUAUGAAAAACAUUGUUAUCAUCUCGUCCGAAUCGAGGAUGUACGACACUGUGCAAGUUCUGAAGCUUCGGUCGUGCAUAUGAGGGCGAAAAAAGUUCGGAACUUUAAUGGAUGUUUGGAAAAGUUGUUCUUCUCCUUUAGGGUUCUGCCAGAGUGUACAACCCAGAAGCACGAAAAAACAAAACCAAAGCCAAGUAAACAAUUGUUCUUUUGCAUAAUCGCGCCGGGGGAAUAGUAGCAAUAGUUGGCCUCUCAAAAGUGCCGCAAAAAGUAGAAGUGAAGUGGAGGCAUCAAAGUGGGAUGCUUUAGAGAAAAAAAAAUAGUUUGUGUGGUUGUUGAAUUCUCGGUGCAAUGAUUGGAUAUGCGUUUUGUGGAGUAGAUACAAUUCUGUGCGGAGAACUCUCGUCAUAAAAUUGGGAAUAUAUGUUGCAGUCGAUAAAAAUUGAGAACCAUCAAAUUGGAUUGUUGCCAAAAGUGAAAAACAAAUAAUGUUAUGAAAAACGUAUCACGUACAGUGUGCCAAAUUUUGCGCUAAGUGCAACAUCGAAAUCCAAUUUGCGGUCUUAAAACGUGCUGGUUUGAUUUAAUUGCGGUUCCAAAAGAAAAUUGUGAUUGUCGAUUCAUGUUGUGGUUACGAUUAAUAAUUAGAGUGAAGACGAUAAAUGCAAGAACCUCGAGAAGUCGUAGAUAGUUGCAGUGUUUAGUGUUUGAUAAAAAAUAGUCACUGUAAAAGGAAUACGUGUUAAGGGCUCUCUUUGAUUGUGCUUAGCGAAAUUAAUAAAGUGGACCCUCCGGGGUUUUCCAGUGAUUGGCAUCGGUUUGUGAAUUUAAAUCAACACAAGCUGUACGACGGACCGAGCUUGAUAUUCAAAUUUCAAAAAAGAUACAACUAUUUGCCGGCUAUGGACCCACUGUAGGAAAUGGCAAACAAACUCAUCUGUGCUAUUUAAUCCCCUCCAACGGGUGCGAGAGUUUGGCUGGCCCAACAUUAUCCGAAAGAGGCGCUCCAGUGCCUAUCCAGGUGAAGACUACCAAAAGCGAACAUCCAGCCUGAGGUGAUUGCAGUAAAAGUAAUAACAACAAUAACGAUAACAAUAACAAUAAUUGCUGUUGCGGAAAUAAUGGACAUGUGCAAAAUGUCAUCGAGGACACUUCGGCGCCAGUUGAUGAAACAUGUAAUCAUAAAUGCGACAUGUUUGCUAAUUAUAUGCGCAGCUGCUGCCGCACCACCACCCACCCACGCUGUAGGGGUGGUAGCAACAGACGUUGAAGUAGAAAGCAACGGACGGAAGAGUACCAGCAAAACCAGUCGGGUACAAUCGAUUUCUGACUUUGCUGGCGCCGGAAACAGACCAGACAAUAAGCAGCCGUUCUCUGUGCAUAGAAAUUUGAUGCUCGAGCGAAAAUUUUAUGUGAAUAGCCCCGAUAAAACUUUAUCUCGCGUAAAGUCUAAUUAUGGUAUUAAGGAUUUGCUGAACAAACGCAUCGCCCGGAUUGAUGUAAAUGCGAGAUGGAAAAGAGACUCCGGUAACUUUAGUACAAAUAGCAAUUUCAACAUUCUAAACUUAUCCAACAAGAAUCUCAGUGAUGCGAAACGAUUAGCAGAAGCUUUAUCGAAGUACAGCCAUAGGCAGAGUAACUACGAGAUUAGUUACUACUACAACCUGAGUGAUAUUAGUGCAUUAGAUCUGUCCCGAAACAAUCUUUCGGAUGAACUUUCGGCAAAUGUGCAGAGAAACUUUUCCGCUCUAUCCUGGUUAGAUCUGUCGGAAAAUAAUCUUUCCACAGUAGAAACUUUAAAUUUUCCAGCUCUCAAAUAUUUGAAUUUAUCCUGCAAUAGUAUAAAAAGGUUCUCCAGUUCCCACCUGCAAAACUUGACUCGACUGGAUCUGUCGCGCAAUGCCUUCAGUAGCACCGCUUCACUCUCGCCUCUCACUCUACGAAAUCUCACCGAUCUGGAUCUCAGUUGCAAUCAACUGGAAACAUUAGACAAAAGUUUUCUCUUCCACAUCCGCUCGUUGCACCGGUUAGAUUUCUCUGACAACGCAAUCAAGCGACUAAAUCGUCCCAUUUUCCACAACCUUAUCAACCUCGAACAUCUGAGCCUCGCCGGAAAUCAGAUCGACGUUAUUGAAAAUGACACGUUCGCAUAUCUGCUGAAUCUGCAGUUUUUGGACCUAUCUUACAACGAAAUUGGACCAAGCUCUAUCCGGGCACUGCAGGGCAUUCCAGCGCUGAUUGGGCUCUCACUGGCGAACAACGCCCGGCUCGGACCGGUUAUGCACGAGUUCGUCGCAUCCUGGAGCCUGAAGGAACUGGACGCUAGUGGAACUGGACUGUGCCGGAUUCCCACGGCUCUGGCGCAGUCGGUCAAAUCGUUGAAGCUAGCCAAUAAUUUGUUAAACGUAAUUCAAAGUGGCGACCUCGACAGCUAUCCACUGCUCCAACAAUUGAUUCUCUCCGACAAUCUGAUAUCGGAUAUCGAGGACGACGCGCUUGGCCGGUUGGAGUUAUUGUCAACCCUCUUCCUGGACCGCAAUCGAUUAUCACGGGUGCCGAUUAGUCUUCCAUCGAAUCUGUUCUAUCUAUAUCUGCAGAACAAUGAGAUUUACGAACUACAGCCAAAUGUAUUUCGGAAUUUGAAAAAUCUAAGAACGCUUAAUUUAGCGGGAAACCGGAUCGCCUAUCUACCGGAGCUACCAUUGCCAGGUCUAGUCGUGCUGAACGUAAAACGCAAUGACCUGAAAGGACUGAGUCAAUCAGUGGUGAAAACAUCGCCGAACCUGAGGGAUUUUCUAUUGGAAAACAAUCCAUUGAAAUGUGCUGACCUGCUUGGCAUUGCUGAGUGGGCAAAACCGUGCCGCGACGAGAUGCUAUUCGAAGAUAGGGACUUCCACGACAGCGAUGACAGCGGAAAUGAGUUUGACAUUUUCGGAAGAUUUACUACCGGACUCAAACGGAACAGCAACUGCAGAAGAAGAAAAGAGAAAACACCGACGAAAAUGGUGACUAGAAUUGCUUUAUUCAAAUCACAGUGUCGAAAUGAAAAUUUAAUUAACCUGAACGCACCGAAUCGCCUUAAAAGCGAUCAAACUACCAUGAAGCCUCCAUUACAAGGCGAUAAAAUCAGCCCACCGAUAACGAGCGAGAGCACCAUCGCUAUUGAAAAAUACAUGAUGGAUGAUAAGCCGGGUAGCACGGCCGAGAAGAGUUUAUUGAAGAAUUUAACGAUCCCAGAAUCUGCUGUAGAGCUAAAGAGGGUGAAAAAUCCGCCCCAGUUACAAAGCAAAGCAGGCAAGGAGGAUUCCAAAGCUGUUAUUGUCAGUGUGGAAAAGAAGGCAAAUUUAAAUGCAAAUUUGAACACGGGAAGUUGGAAGAAUUUUACAACAGCAACGACGCAACCAUCAAAAACAUGGCCAAAAUUACUGCAGCAGAGAUUUCAUAAUAUCACGCGAGAAGAGCCAAUAUCACUGAAAGAAGGUACCAUGAAGAAAGGUAAGAGCAUCUUGCCAACAAAAAAACCAUUCGCGAAAAUUGAACCGAAGAUCAAGCAAGCGAGUCGUAAUCUAACAAGCGAUGAUAAAUCAGAGACUAGUUCAACUGUGAACCAAGUCGUCUAUUUAACAGCAAUAACACCGAUUGUUAACGUAACUGGAAGCGAACGUGACGAAGCAAAUGAUAGCAGUGCAAUAAUUCCGCACCCGAAGACGAAGGAUAAAACCAACAGAAAUAGCUUAAUUCAAGCUGAUUUGAUAGCAUCGGUAGGAACGAGUCUCAGCCCGAAGGAAACGACGACAAGUACGGGUGACAAAUUGGUAGAAAUAACAUUGACAUCGUCAAUGGAACCCACGUCGCCGUCGACGUCGGUAACGGAGCCCUCGUUCAGCCCGAUAGAGGAAAAAUAUGAUACCAUUGCCAAACGCGAUUCAACCUCGUCUGUCCCAUGGCCAACUGCGAUAUCACUGUUGACGGCAGCCACGAACACAAAGACAACAAACGUGUUCUCUAUCAGCAAUAACAACAGCUCUCAACAGGACGACACUGAACAAACGAAUGCUGAUCCUACCGAAGGCAAUUUGAAACGGAACACUCCGGGCACCAUAGCUCGUCCAGUGUCCACAGCAGAUGAGGUUAAAAAAGCUAUCAGUAAAUCCAGUGUCAAGCAGAAACCCAUUGCAUCGCGUUACAAUGUAACCAAGUCCCGCAAAAAUGUAAAUCAUAUGAAAAUGAAAUUAAAAUUUAACCGCGAUCAACUGCACGAUGACGAAUUUCGCGACAAUUUUGACACAGACUCCGCUGGACUGCUGCGGGACAACUUUGGUUUUGGACAUGACCAUGGGAACAAUGCACAUAGACGGAACAAAUUUUCCAUCUACGACAGCAUCUAUAUGGCAUCGUUGAAAAACGCAAAUUUCAAGCCAUUCCAUCAUUCAUUGCACGUACCCAAUGCUAGUCAUUCUGCUUCUAGGACUCCCGCAGGCAUCGGCAGCAGCAACAGCAGCAGCAACGAAGGAAUUCCUGCCACGUCCGUGGAAACGUCGUCAAAAAUUCUACCACAAGAAUGGAAUGAUGUACGACCAGUGUCAAAUGGUGGCUCUCAUUACGGUCUAUUCAUUGUGGUUGGGGCCACACUCGGUAUGCUAAUUUCGUUCGGUUUGUUCCAUCUCUAUUAUUGCCGUGUCCGGAGAGGUCAACAUCUGCACGGACAGCACCACCAUUACCGACAGUAUCCGCCGCACCAAAGUGGCAGUCAUAAUUCCGCUCAUCAUCGCUAUUCAUAUGCAUUCGAACAGGACGAUAGUGACGAACAUCUCACGUACACUAUUUCGACCUCCGUACUAGACGCUCCGAAUGAGUCUGACAACUCUCCAAUCCAUCACCAGCAGCAACACCAAUGUUCACAACAGGAUGUCCUCCAUAUGGACGAACUAAAUCCACGCAAAUCAAAACCAUUGUCAAGAAACCCAAGCACUAGUAGUAGCGCUAGUAGUUGUUUCGAUGUCGACAGCAGUGCUUCCACCAAUAGUGAUUUUGGAGUCCUCCGGCCUGUGCCAGCCUCUCCCAGCGAUUAUGGUAUCAGUAAUCAAGUGCCACAACCGGGCAGCAACACCGGUCAGCGACACCACAAUCGUAAUACUUCCAAUAAUCAUAAUAAUUCGCAUAAGCGGAGCAUGCACCAGGAUAGUGCCAUCGAUAGGUGGUGACAACGAUGACAAAGACGGCAGCUUCAUUACUGUACAUUUAACGAUGCUUACAGUGUGUUUGAAUAAGAGCAUAUUUUUCGUUGAAUGUACUCUCUCCCACUCCUACUAGGUACUAGGAUAGCAGGGCGGAGAGAAAAUACAAAAUUCAUAGCUCAUAGUGCAUAUUGGUACAUAAACUGUCGAAGAUCCAGCUUCAAUGACACCGACUCCAAAGAACAUUCCAGAAACAUGGUACCGCUAGGCUGCUCAUUCUCAUUCAAUUUUAAUCUGCUUUUGACCGGUCAUCCAUUGCAUCAUUGGUUGCCACCACAAUCGUAGAAUCGAGUAAGGGUAGUGCAUUUAUAAUUGCGGUUGCGUAGAGGCAUGCCUUCGAUGCAUUUCAAAUAUUUCAACAGCAGCGUAGAUGCAGCGAUAUAUCGGUGGCGCUUGUGAGCAAAGGAGCACCGACGCACACAAGAGACUUCGAACAAGUCGAUUUGUAAUCUGGCUACUGGCAUUUAAAAAAAGAGUAAAUGAUUGAAGGAAGGCGGGAGGGUUGCGACGUUCUGCGGGUAUGCCAUAAAUAGUUGAUGAUCCCCAUAGCAGCCAAACCCUACAUUUGAUUAGAAGAAAUGAGACGGUAUUUGCAAAAUAGGAUGCGGUUUAAAUUGACGAUUUAUGAUUCAGGAUGUAAGAACGGGAAAUUAUAUUUCCAUUGCGAUGAUUUUUCAUUUCUUAAUAAUGAAUGAGGAGGUUGUAUAUUAAACGUAAUUGCAUUAUAUUGAUUGAAUUUGACCACAAAGUUUUGAAAGACUAGGGUUGAGUGAUAAUCCAAAAACCGAAGUGGGGGAUGGUCGCACACAAUGUCUUACAUAAGCUUUAUUACGAUUAUCAAGUGGAAAACAUCGCUACCAGUGCAACAGUAACAUCUAAAAGAAUUUCUCCACAAUUUAUCUCAACAAAGCAAAAAUCCAUGUAAAAUGAAAACACGUGCUAUAAGAAAUAAAUUAAAUUUUUUCAACAUAGUUUUGACAUCCUGAAAAGGACGUUUUUUCAGUAAGAGUAAACAUGUCAAUUGUAAAUUUCAACCGUCCGUGCUUUGCUCUUCCCAUUCAGCAGCAAAAGAAAGCAUACAAGGUCAGGAAUGCACGUAGUUUGACGACAUCUCCUACUAGGAACCCUGUUCAGAAGUCCAAUGGAAUCCGCCAAAGGAUUCAACCGAAAUUCUGCUUAGGUCUUACUCAUUAUUUUCACUUGAUCCAUUGCAGCUGUGAGACGGAAAGGUAUUUUACGAUAUCCUAAAUAGUAUUCGUAUUCUGAUGCAAUAGUCAUGAUUCCGAUGAGAUCAGAAUUUGACGAAAUUAUACUCAGGGCAAUGAUGUUGGUUUAUUUACUAUUUUGAGGUCAUCCUGUUCAGGAUUUUUACUGAAAACUUCUCAGAAAUACUAUGGAGCUUUGUGAUGUAGGAUUUUGACGGAAUUCUCAGAAUUUUGAAAAAAUAUUUUCUAGGAUUAAGAUAAUUUUUUUUAUCAGGAUACCAGUAGAAUCUCGUAAAUGAUUCCGAUGAAACUCUGCGCAGAACUCAAUGAACUUCUAUAUUUUUGAAGAGGUCUGUUUCAAGAUUUGAAAGGAAUCUUGUUAUGAAAUAUUUUCCAUGUGUAUAUUAUUCUAAUCAGCAUUCUGACAAAAUCCAACUAAAUCAUGCAUAGGUUUCUAACAAUGUCUUACUCAUGUUUAGAUACUCCUGUACUGUAGCUCAGAGUUACGAUGUGAUUCUUCAUAGUUGUUGACAAAAUCCUGAUUAUCAGAAUCCUGAUCUGAUCAAAUGUUCUUUCAAAAUCUGAAUCCCAACAAAUUCCUGCUCAGGACUCUGUGACGAUAUCAUACUCGGGAUUCUAGAAUUCUUGUCAGUUUUUUGUUGUCACUAACGACUUACCCUUCAACAUAGAAGCCCCUUGUCAAAAUUUCGGAAGAAAAGUCAUAUAAGCUAAGGAACGUUUAUAUCUACUGUUGUACUGAAUAAAAUCCAUCAAUUUCGUUCGUUAUGUUAUAGAAAAUAUGUUUAACAAUGUUGUAUUAAAUUUUGGACACUGAAUGAUACAUUAAUAAAGAAAAAAACAGUUUUUUGAAAAAUCUUGCGAAAACAGCUCGGAAAAAGUGAAAUUUUCCAGCCUUUCUCGGUCAGAGCCGUCAACAUGGUGCACCAACGUUCGGUUGGUGAAUGGUGAAAAGUUUUGAAUAUGGAUCCGCUACAGAUUUGUUUCUAUAACUAUUUGUAUUGAGCUGAUUGAAGCGAAUUGAGCAUCAUCUCAAAGGAUUACAUAAUACCGAGAAGGAAAUAUUUGUGAACUGUGAAUGGCUGGUGGAUUGCGAUUCAAUUAGUUUGUGGCGUUCCGUGCUACUGAAGGCCAUUAUUUUUAUUUCCGAUGGUUGAAAAGCAACAUUCACAAUAAAACUGUUUAAAAACAAACCUACUGUAGCUCAUUCGUGAUUGGCUCCCGCUAAUUUGAUGCAUCGAGCCACAAAUCACAGAACGAAUUGUGAUUUCAGUCGAAUGCUGCUGUUCAAACCUGUCGGGUUGGUCAUAUUUUCGGGAGACUCGAGUCAACAAGAAGGAAGAAGACGAUUAACAGCAAAUCUCCGUGGAUUGACAACUUUCAUUAGUUUAUCCUGUUCUGUGCUUGUAGCGAUGCCAAUCGGAUGAAACCGGAUGAGAAGACUAUUAUUGGGUUGUGGCCGCGUCCGCGGAUUGUCUGCAUUAUUUAGUUUGUUAGUCCGUGCUAGUAGCCGGAGCCACUUGGCAGAACUGAGAUUUGUCGGUCAUGUCGCACGACAUUGACGAAUAUCAAAAUGUCAUGGUCUUCAGAAAUCUAUACAAUAAGAACAGAAGUCAAAUAUGAGACUAAGCACAAGUCAGGAUAGUACAAUUGUGGGUCUUUGUCUCCCAUUCUCCAAUCCACUCUGGACACCCACUAGUAUAUGUAGACAAGGCACUCAGGAACGGCUUGUAGUUUGCCCGGGAAAUAUUACGACUUACGAGCACACAUUAAAAACGUGACGGACGGUAUUCGGUAUAUUAUUUGAUUGCUUCAGCUUAGGAAAACUGUGGAAUUCGAGAGGAGAGAGAGUUAUCUAAGCCCUCAAACUCUUUAUACAUGAUACCCUGUAGCGUGUCGUUUCAAGCUCGCCACCAGCAGGAUGGCCAACCAUACAGACUUCUCCGUCGAUUUACGGAUUUCUAUCAUCGGAUCUGUGGAUUAACACGUGCAAUCUACGAAAUUUUCAUAACUUUUUCAGAAAUUUGUGGAAAUUUAGUAAAAAAAACAAAUCGAACUGUUCAAUCGAAUUUCAGUCGGAUACGUCCAAAGGUCUCACUCAAAGUUCACUUUGCAUGGUAUUUCUUAACUUAACUGAUAUCAAAUAGACAACCAUGCAUGCUCUUAUCAAUUGAAUUCCAAAAUUAAUAGCCGGCAUCGGUCGAUGCAUUUGUGCAAUGCUUGCAAUAUUCCAUCGAGAUUCAGCUGGGAUUCUUUCUAGCAAAUUUAAUACGAACUGUUUCAAAAGAUACUUUCAAAUGAAGAAGACAUCAACGCGAAUUCCUAGAAUGCACGAUAUAAAGUUUCUCUCGUCUUAAGCCAAUAUUAUUUUUUAGUUGCAAUCGUGAAUAAUUUCUUGAUCGCUAAAAUAUUAACAACAAAUAAUAUCGGACCCUAUAAUUGAGCUUCAUUGAAUUUCCGAUCGGUAGUAUGACCGAUUAUUUAUCGGUUAACUGAAGAGUUUACCGGAUGGAUAAAAUACAAAACAGAAUUACAAAUAUUGGGAUUUAUUGGGAAUCCAGAAAUAUUCUUCAAAUUUUCCCGCUAUUAAAUGUCAAAACAGUGUAUUUUAUAGUGCGUCACAGAAUACGACUUUGCAAACUUUGAACGUGUUCGGAGAAGUUGUUAGACUAUUUACAUUGAAUUAUCCAUGUAAACUAGAGCCAGUUUUUCAAGUCGGAUCCGGUAGCUUGUUCCUUUCAUAAAUUACUUAACGCGAAAAUUGCCCAAAAUUGGCUCACCCCUUCUGCAUUGUUCCAUUGUCAUACAAUUCUUCAUUCCCCCUCCCCUACUACUUAUUAAAUUUGUUAAAUUUCUUUUUCAGUAAAAACAUGAUACGUAAUUCCCCCUCUCCCAUAUGUCACAACACGUCACACUUUGUUAUACCUCUUCCUCCUUAAAAUCGUUACAUAAUUUUUGAAUGACGCUCUGGAAUGCUUAGUGUCAACAAAUGUAAAAACUGAAAAUCGAACUAUGUUGGGUUUACACUUUUUACAAGGAUACGAAACAAUAUAACAAAGUAAUGGCGCACGAUUUCAACAGCUGCUCCUUGGAAAACAAAUUUUUGGCAUCGGGAAUUUAACUUACGAGCUUAUGUAGUUUGUGGGUUUCAAAGCAGUGCAUGAUUCAGUGCAACGAAACGAAUUGUGGCGUCAUGCGUAAUGCUUGCAACGCGGCUUUUCGUCAUGCCGAACGGGCUGAUUAAUAUGACUCUGAAUGGGUGAAUAUCAAGCGUCACAAAAACCAAAGCGACAGCCGACUCGUCUGUGACAUUAGAUUGGUGUGCUAAGGAACGGCACUAUCAUCACGAGAUCUCACAUGAUACUUGGCUUCCGAACCAUUGGAGUCGAACGUAACGUAAAGAAAGAGGCCUUUUUAAAGAGAGGCUACCAAGCACUGACAAAAAAAAACGGUAGCUGCUAGAGAAACGAUAGGCAACUCACAGGGUGUUUGUUUGGAGGUAGAAAUGGGUGCGGUACGAGGUUGUUGACGAGUUGGUAUAUCUGGGAACACUAGUGACAUCCGUGACAUGUGAUAAGGAAGAUGGCCGUAAUAUAAAAGGCGGUUGGUGGUCCUGUAGCCUACGGACGACAAAACUUUCUCCAUACAGAUCGAUAAUACUCCCUGUUGCUCUGCACGGACGUGAAACGUGGCCAUUAAAAGAGACAGAUUAUCGACUGAUUGAUGUAUACAAACACGCUGAUAUCGUAAGGUUUAUAAGGCACUACAGACUACUCUUGGCCGGACAUGUUGCUAGAAUCCGGGAGAGUGAAUAACUAAAGUUACGUCAGCAGUGAAUCUGGGUGACGUUCUUGACUUUGGGCCAGAUCCCACACUUGAGGAAUAGGUGCGGGAGAGGAAUAUUCCACGCGAUAAUCUUUAGACUUUUCAAGAAUGGUAUAUCUGUCCUUCGUUCCUAUGCAGAAAAUUAAGCGCGACGUGUCGCCGGGCAUUCACUCACAUUUAACGAUGAAUACCCAGGUGCACUAAUGUCAUGCAAAAAUAAUACUCUUGGGUCAGACAGAAUCAAACUCAAUUUUUGAAGAUUUGUUAGUUGAUGAUUGAAUUUAUACAACAGGUUUUUGUAACAGAGAUUCGGUUCACGGAACUGGAGACAAGUUAAAUUGAUUGUUAUUUAUAAAGCGGGAUAACCAGCUAUCGACCACAAUUCGUAGCGGCCGAUCGUUUUUCUACUAUGCCUAGAUGACUUCGUUAAGAUAAACGGCCUGUUAUCAAAAUUCAUUUUGUCUUUCGCAAAGAAAAGGGUACAAACGAUUCUCUCGCGCUGCUUUAAACAAAAACUCAACUAACAUGCGCUCUAAUGAGCAAAUGCUUUCUGUAUUACUGGUCAAUGAAUGAGCUUACAAUUCUGUAGUUAUUGGUAUCUGAGAUAAAUUUCAUCGUUAAUUCUAUGAAACUAUUUCGUAUGAUUCGUUGUCAGAAUCUUCAUGGGUUUUCACGAGGCACUUGCUUAAGCCCCUUCUUUACAAUUUCUAUCUCAUUAUCAUUGAUAAAUAUUUUGCCAACUCAUUAACGCCAAUACAGACAGUUAAUUAUGGCGUAGUUUCUGCAACAAAGCUACAGAUUUGCUGAAACAAAUACAGGGUAUCGUUGUAUAUAUUUGCAUACUGGCUGUGAAUUCGAGUAUCGCGUUCUCCAAACAGCAAAUCGGUUUUAUCGCUUUGGCAUUCAUGUACCUAAAUGCUGGUUGGACUCUAAACGUACUUGAAGAGAUAAAUACUUUUACUUAUGUUUCUGCAGGUCUCAGUUUACACGUUUUGCAUACGAAAAGAAGAAGAGGGUGUUCGUGGAAUUCUUGAUCAUCUACGAUCAAUAUUUUUACAAACAACUGCAAACAUAUUGACAGCGAGAAAAUCCUACACGAAUCACGUAUGGAAGAAUCCACUAACAUCGGUAUCGUUAACAACAAUUUAUGUUUUCUACAGGUUCAUUGAUAUUGAUACGUGUGUCGUAGAAUGAACUGGUGGGACAAUGGUUAUAUUCUAUUAUCCCUAGGGUAUCGUCGAAAGCAUGGCUGAAGAAGUUGAAAACAGCUUGUGAUUUCAAUCGCGCGAAGUCCAGAGUCGUGUCCCAUUACUAGACGCUUGAUGCUCAUAUCUUUCACAUCGGGCUUACUAAUAUUAAACUCUGCGUUUGUGGCAAAGGUUAACAAUAUACUUUGUUUGGACGUGUUCAGAAUGUCGUCGUGUCAGGUCCCAGUUAGCAGUGGCCUUAUGAGCCCAAGGUGCCCCUAUUCGUGAUAUCUUACCAAACCUGGAUCAUGUCGUCGAUCGCUUAUUUUGUGAAUAAUGUAUAUAUGCUAAUGUUGAAUUCAGGAUCUGUGAGCUUACUAGAGUCAAUUAUUUCUAGGAGGUGGACACUUCAUAUUUUCGUUUUUUUGCAUAUACCAUCAGUCGAACAGCACAACUCAGUUCUUUUCGCAUUCAUCGUAAAUUACCAGCAACAUUAGGCAUAGCAAUGCUUGCAUGCUUCUCUUUCGUGCUCCGCCAAAAAUUCUUUCCGCUCGCCGGCCAAGUAUACAACAGUCGGUGUUCGUUCUUUUGUAUGUAAUUGCCAAAAACCCGUAUCUAAUUUAAUGAAACAACUGAAUGAAGACGAUUUCCAGAUGGUUUGUAAUGGUUUCAUUUCAUGAGAACUGCGAAUCAUGUAGCGUCCAAAAUCUAAUUUAAUUGUGAUUCCAUGAGAAAGCCAACCAUAAAACAUGUCUACUGCCAAUUCGAACGAAACUUUACAGUUGUAUUCGGUUUAUGAAUCUUCACAUUUUCCACUCGCUAGGAACAAAUAGUAUCACGCAAAAAAAUUAACUAAAAAAGUUGUGACAUUUUUAAUAAUACAAAACUUCAUGUAAAAAAAUUAAAUUUCAAAGUAGCAUUUCCAUAAUUUUGUGUUUUUCGUCAACAAAUAAGAUUUUAAAUGUAAUAGCGUUAUGGAGAAACUGACAUUAAAAAAGAUUUUCUAACAAUAACAUUUUUUGGUAGAGGGCUGCAUACAAAAACUUCUACGCCCUUUUCAAAAAUUAUUAUUAAAAAGUUAAAAUGCUGGAAAUGUGGAAAAUGUUUAGUCUUGUAAAAAUCUGUGCAGUUUUGAUUAUCCGUGCAGUAUACUACUCACAUAAAUUUUCAUGUGUUCAACAAACUGGUUUGUAGUAGCAUUCUCAACAACUGUGUUGAAGACUCCCGUUUUCUAAAAAAAAAUUGUUGAAACAGUUAAUUCUCCAUAAUAAUAGUAUAACUCCAAAUAACCACCAAAAUUAUCUUAAAUAUCUCACGGGGUGAAUAUUUUUAUAAUUGAUUUGACCUACUAGGGACAAACGGAAAGCUUACUUGAAAUUGGAAAAGGAAAUUUUCCGAUUGUUUCUGGUUAAAUGACAUAUGACAUAGACUAAUCCAAUUAUUCUUUCUAAUGAUGAUGAAGAAAAACCAACCAAAUGUUUCCGAUUUCGAUGUUUGAACUGCUCAAAUUGAGUAUGUUUCUGUCAAUUCCGGAGUUGUGAAUCUCAUCACAAAGAAGAAUCAAGAAGAAGUUAUCAUUUGAUGGAGGUGUGUUCUGAAAAAUCCAACGACAAGAAUUUUAGGAUUUGGAUGAGAAAUUUAAGUUCAUUAUCUUUGGCAGAUUUAACGCUACUAUAUACGAAAACUUCCUGCUGCUUCAUCUGAAACACUGCUGAAAAUGCGUGCAGUUUGUUCCAACGAAGCUGAUACUAGUGAUCAUGAUACCACUUCAAAUCCUUAAGAAUAUUUUGACUGAUUUAAAUUAAUCUAUGAUGCUUUCGCGAUGCAAAAUGUCACCAAAAGCAUAUUUUUUGUGUAUAUUAGCUUUACUGAGCCGUGGGUUUUUCAAACUAGUACAAUAUGUAAAAAUAAAACGUAACACUAAGAUGCCUGUUCAUCGGGUUAUGUUUACUGCAGAAAUUUACUGCCGCGUGUUGAAAUCAUUUAUCAGUUCAGCAUUAUUUAUUUAUUUACUGGUCUUCGAGUUACUCGUACAGACAGUUCCUUAUUUAAUAUUAAUUCUAUGUUUAAAGUUAGUAUUAGUAAUGUUAGAAUCAUAUUUGUUAGCUACAUUAUUAAAAUUACGACAGCAUACAUUGAACGGAUUGUUUUGAUAAAAAAGAGUACGAUACAUCGGUAACCGAAAGAAAUCAGUUCGUCUGGUGGGUCUAGGCGAUACGUUGAAUCGGAGCUGGUUCAGCAACACCGGGCUAUCUAUGUUGUUUCCCAGAAGAUCAAACACGAAGAGCCGUUGCAGCAUUAUCCUCCGACUUGCAAGAGUCGGCAAACGUGGAAGAUUGCAUCGAUGUUCAUAAGGCGGUAGACGAAUAGGAACAGUGCAAGGUAGUAACCGCAGAGCGUAACGAACAAAGGGACGCUGAAUUCGUUCGACGCGGUUGAUUUGUACAGCAUGAUAGGGUGCCCACACAAGUACACCGUACUCGACAAUGCUACGUACAAGUGCGCAGAAGAGCGAUUUUAGGCAGUAUACAUGGUUGAAUUGUUGCGUGUUUCUUUUGAUGAACCCCAAUACGGCAUAUGCUUUGGCUGUAGACAUUGCAAUGUGCUGCGCGAAACUCAAUUUGCUAACGAGAAGAAUACCUAGAUCCUUAACUGUGUUUACACGGUUAAUAAUGCUUGUUGACAUUCUAUAAUCAAACGUUGUUAAGUGCCUGUUACGACAGAACGAGAUCACAUUACACUUUUGUACGUUUAUUUCCAUCCCGUUUAGUCUGCACCAAUUUAGCAGCAAAUCGAUAUCGGCUUGGAUAGCACAGCAAUCGACUGCCGAAGCAAUUACACGAAAGAAUUUCAGAUCAUCCGCGAACAUGUACUUAGGGGACUGUAUAGUGUAGCACAAAUCGUUUACGAAUAAUAUAAACAGUAGCGCCCUGGGGAACACCCGACUCUAUCACAAACGGAGAUGAUCUCAUUUCAUCGAUGCGAACGUACGCACAGCGUUCGGUGAGAUACGACAAUAUCCACCGUGUCAACCAUUCAGGAAGUCCAUUCGUUCGAGUUUGGCCACCAUUAGCAAAUGAGGCACUCUAUCGAACGCUUUAGCAAAAUCCACAUAAACGGCAUCAAUUUGCUGACGUUCACCAUGCGCGCAAUUUGGUGACGAAACGUAUGCCAUAAGAUUUGUACUUGUCGAUCGUUUUUUUUUCGCAAAUCCAUGCUGCCACUCGGAAAUAACAUGGUGCACCUUCGGAUACAGCAAAUCAUGAACGAGGCUUUCAAAAACUUUCGGUAAGCAACUCAAAAUUGAGAUGGCACGAUAAUUCUCAACAUCAUUCACGCUACAUGUCUUGUGGAUCGGUGUAAUAGCUGCUGUCUUCCAGACACUCGCGAAAAUUCCUUCGAACAAUGACUUAUUGAAAAUUAGACUCGCAGGAACAGCAAACGCUUCAGCACACUUUUUAAAGAAAAUAGGCGGCAGACAAUCCGGACCCGCUCUUUUGGCACCAUCUAGUGACUGUAGUUUCAGCUCCGUGUACCGAAAAAAUGAAGAGCGACAUGUUCAAAUCGAACAUCGGCAGGCUGUUCAAAUACGCUUCAGACAAAGGUCCUUAUAACUGACACGUUGGGGGAUUCCGUGCGACUACUUGCGAUUUUUCACAAACGACCAGAACGAAUUAGGAUCCUGCUUAAGGUUUUCCUCCGUGCGACGAAAUUAGCUACGUUAUUUAUUAUAAUUCGUGGUUCAGUCAGUCUACCCUCUCUCGUGUCAUCGUAGGAGAACCGAGGAGAGUUGAAACAGAGGAGAGUUCGAACAACGGCUAUUGCUAGAGAAAGCUGGCCGAAGUACUUUCAUUUUCCAUCUUUCCUAUAUGUUUAACAAAAGCAUUUUUGUAAAAUCCCUAACAGUUUGGUUGCAUGUCAUCAUCACUACUGCAUUCUUGGUAUUCAUGGUCGGAUGUACAAAUGAUGCUGCUUGGGGUAUCUUGAUCUUGAACAUUAUCAGUACAUGUCAGAACAUUUCGGAAAUCCAGAGUACAAGCCUCUGCCAUCUUAAGCUUCAUGCACACAUUUUUUUUAAUUAUUUAUUUGGCACGGCUCAAUGCGUUAGCUUAGAGGAGCCACGGGUCUUUUAUAUAUUUACAAGAAGUAAAAAAUAAAAAUAACAAUAAAUUUUAUUUUGAGCCUGUAAGAUCCCGUGCGCGCAACUUGCUAUUGCGAGCGGAGAUCUUAUUUCGCGUCGGGAAGAUGUUUCUUCUUUCGCCAACUUCGUGGUUACCCAUGUUUGUCUCGUUGUUGCUUACGUCGGUAUCAUCAUCUUGAUUACUGCCGUGAUAUUCGCGAUCAGAUCUUCUUUCUGGCUUCUUGCCCUUGCGGGUCCUGAAUGUGAACACUCCAUCAUUGGUGGUAGCUUCUUCAAUGGUGGUAUUAGUUGUUAAGUUUGAAGCUUUUGCAGUUGUCAUUAUUGCCUUAACUGCAGCCACAAAUUUGGCAACCGAUUGUGGUUCAGGUAAAGAUAUUGGGGCUUGGGUGUUGGCAUUUUUUUCUGCAACUGAGCUUUCCUUAGCAGUUUCUGGGCAGGGUUGUCCGUAGUGUGCCGUUCGUUCACAGAAUUGGCACGUAUUAGUUUGUCCCUGAUAUGUACAGAGUUCGCUGUGUAAUGGUAUCACCCCCUUCUGUGUUGUACUGCAGGGUAAGGUAGGAGGGAAUUGGUUGGUCUACCCGCAUUCUCGCCAUUUACCUGGGAAGUAGUUUCUCCAUGUGUCCUUUGUAAUAGAUUCCACUGCUCCAUAAUGUGACAUGAAUCUUUUAAUUGCCACUUUGCAAGUAAGUGGAGAUAAAUCAUGUAAUUUCACUUCAAUAUUCCCAUUAUCCAUGUAUACAGGGAUCUUUAUUUCAGCGUUGUCACAAAUAAGCACGUGUUUUGAGUUGUUCUGCGAAAUGAAUCUUUUCGCCUGGGCGAAUUUGUUAAGGGUUAUCAGCACCGCAUGCCUGACGUGCUCAAGCUGUAUGCAGGUGACUUCCGAAAACCGAAGCUGUAUUUUCACUUUCAGUAGAUGUUCCACAUCAUGAAUACUUGGUCUUAUGCGAAAAGACCUGAAGUCAAUGGCCACUGUGUUAGGCCGAAUAAUCACGUUUUGUUGAUGAGACACAGUCAUCUUGAUAGAUCACACAAGAAUAAAAAUAACGGAAUCCUUUGUUGUUCGGACAAUGCACACAAGUAACUGUUUUUUUUCGUUCGCUUUGCACUGGCUCGGACAGAAGCAGGAGCACACUGGAUAUUGUGAUCGAUGCCUUUGAUGGUUGAAAAUAGACUCUGCAUGCACACAUUUAAUAAUAUUCCACUUCCUGAAUAGCUGGUUAUACUGGGUAAAUACUUCAAAAAGUCUCGAGCAAUAUAGGUCGCCCGCAGUAAACGUAAAUAAAAUUGUAUGUACAAUGUACACAAAUCUCGUUCCCCCUUAUAAAUGUUAAUGCUUCAAAAUGAAUAUAUUACAAUAUUAAUAUCGUAUUUUGAUUGGCAAUUUCAAUUUGAAGCGCUACAAUUCGGAAUUACUAAUUGACAAAUAGUUCUCGAAUCGCAAUAAUUCAUUUUUUCAUUAUCUGGCCGGCCUUCAUCAUAAGCUAAUAUGUCUUCUCCUGACAGGACCUUUUUAUUAGAACCAAAAAAAAUCCCUUCCUUGCUUUACAUUUUACAGAAUGUAGUUAAAUAUUCCCCUAGUUAAAAUUAGGGGCAUAAAAACCUCCAAACAAUCCAACAAAAAGAUGAUAUUUUCAUCAACAUUCUUGCUCACCGAAAUUACCCCGGUCCGGGUUAUUAAAAAAAACAACCAGACGAUUUCCAUUUUAUUAUUGCAUCUGGGUACUCGACAUACGUGCAUUUUAAGCCAGUAAAGCAAACCUCGAAUGCCCAACAUCCGCACCCUCCCAUACAUGUGAAAAUAACGAACAAUAAAAUGUUUGUAACAUUGUUAGCAUUCCCUCCGCCGUUUGCUCGGUGCUCGGGCGAUGGGCUGGGCAUUGCUAUUUUUUUGUAUGUACAUGUUGUUGACAAUUGUACCGCUGGCCGUCGUCAUAGCCGCGGUUGAGCAGCAGGGCGUCCGUGUGCAGGUCAUAGUUUCAGCCUCGAGGCCCCGCAGACAACUCGAGAAUGACCAUAUUGGGUUUUGCUAUUCAGACUUGCCUGAGAAAAUUCCCACAAUGUCCUUUGCAUAUUGUCCAACUCGUGCGGUGAAGGGGUAUUUAGUGUUUUCUACCCACAAAGAGUGACACUGGAAAAUGCCAACGAUUUUCCGUCUCAGAUAAAGCUUCAGCCGUCUGGCGACAGUUAAACGAGCAAAGUUUCAGUUUUUGCGGUUCCCCAUAGAAAAUGUGGAUGAUAGUUAUGUUUACUGCAAUUUAUUGGAAUUGUUGUCAUUAAUUUCAUUGAUGGUUUUCGUUUCGGCCCACAUACGUGCGAUAAUUUAACUAACCCAAUUUACUACAAGGAUAAGUUUUGAAAUUAAGUUUACUGGAAUCAAUGCUUUCUAUGUAUAAGAGAGGAAUACAAAUUAGCGUAAACAUAUGAUAUUACAAAAAAUGAAUUGGAUGAGCAGCUGAAACUGGAACCAUAUUUGUAUGAUGAUGCACAUGAGUGUUGUGAUUCAAACCCGAUUUCGUACACCGCCUUGCGGAAUGCUAAUAAUCACUUUUACAGGUAAAAAUAACCCAACAAAGGGAUCAUCCAUAAAUGACGUAGCAUUAUUUGAGGGAGGGGGGGGGGGGUGGUAUUGUAUUU